AUGAGCCGAAAAUUUAGCUCCCUUAAGGAGGUUAACGAUUCAAAGGAAACAUGGAGAUUGGCCGUUCGAGUUGUUGAUCUAUGGAGUGUUAUCAACAGCAAGGGUAAGGAGCAUCUGGAGAUGGUUAUAAUGGACGCAUCGGCAAUGCUUCGUAUUCUUUCAAAUCGUUUCAAUAUAAAAAUUCUGGAAAAAAAAGUCAUUUGUUUCAUUAAAGGUGUCAUCGUUAACUGCACACUAUGGGAGAGCUACAGAACAAAAAAUUUGGAUUUCUACCAUGAUGAAAAAAACAGUGGUGCUAUUGUAAUUGUACUAACUCAUGCAAUGAUAAAGGAAUCACAAGUUAAUUUGAUACUUUAUUUUUUAUCUAUUUCCUUCUCAAAUGGAUGGAGUGGAUCUAAAUUGCUAAUUAACGAAGACAUUCCAGAGAUAACUGAGUAUUUAUCAAAGUUACCUGCAAAUGAGCAGACUAAAAAGCCUUCGCAGUCCUCAAAGGGUAUGUCUCUUUGGUCUGGUGCCUCUCAAUUCACCCCAGUUGAAAGUUUCGUCCAUAAGGCCAAAUGUAUAUCUCUGAGUGACCUCUGCAAGGUGAAACAGGACAUGUUAUGUGUUACUGUUGGAACAACUCAAAAGUUUUUUGUCUCAAAACAUGGUUGGUUUUAUUAUGGAUGUAUUAAAUGUUCUUUAAAGGCAUCUGAUGUGAACAAUCCAUACAAAUGUUCAUGUGGACAGAAUGUAGAACAUGCCAUACCAAGGUAUCGAGUUGACAUAUAUGUAAUUGAUGGUGAAUCAAAAUUUCGCUUUGUGUUUUGGGAUACUGACUGUGUCGACAUUAUUGGAAAGUCUACUGAUAGUAUUUAUAAAGCAAUGCUUGAGGAAGGUGAAGACAACCCUAUGAUAUAUCCCGAUGAACUUGACAUGCUUCUUGGUAAAAAAAUGGCGUUCAGGGCUAAAGUUCAGCCAACAUUUGGCCAAGCAUCUGUUUGGAAACUUUCUUAUGAUGAAGAAUUUACCAAGGAAAUUGAGAAAGAUUAUAUUACUAAUGAAGGGGAUAGCAUACCUUUAACCCAAAACCCAGUCGUUGAUCGUGUCAAUGAUUCCAUUGAGUCGUUGUCUGCAUACGGAGAAAAUGAUCCUGAUAAAGUUGUGACCAAUACUCCAUCUAAAGGAAGUCCCAUUACUCUUGAUGCUGGAGAUUCUGAAUGUCAACCUUAUGGAGCUACUCAACUUUCAGGAACAAAACCUUCAAAGAAAGUGAAGAUUGAAUCAAAUGCCUGA